UGAGUACGACUCAGCAGACGCAGGAUACAUUCAGGGUUUAUAUCCUGGGACGUUGACGGCAGACCGGCGACGAGUCAAGAUGUCGCGAGCAACCCUGGCGGGCUUGUCGCACAAAGAAAUGCUGAAAAACCGCAAGCGGCAGCUGGCCACCGUCCUUGGUGCCCUCACAUAUGGCGACACCCUCGCGCUCGACCAGGCCCUGUCUGCUAACUACCCACUUGCGAGCAGUGGGUUUGCCGCCGACUUGCAAAGCCGCGACCUCAUUCGCGCACGGCUGUCUCGCAGACCCAUCGCUCGGCUAGCCAGAGCUUUCAAAGCGUGGCGAAGCUCACUGCCUGAGGAUGCCCAUCAAGAGCCUUUUCCUGACUGCAACUUUUCGUUCACCGUACAUAGUGCUACGUCGGACCGCCUUGUCGCCACAAAGCAAGAAGUUAUUGCAUUACAUACACGCAUCGAACAAGAACUACAACGUCAGGCCGCAAGAGCUGCUGAGGCGGCCAAACAGACCGCAGCGGUGCUGAAUAGUGGCUCUGUGGCAAAACGUUCCACGAAGCAGGGUCGCUCAGCUAGCGGUCGGAGUGUUGCCGAGCCCAGGCCCACUAAGGUAGAGCAGAAAAAGUCCGCGCUUGCGAACGCAUCCAACCCGCAUCACCUGCGCAACUAUGUACCCUCCCGUCUGCCGCACUCCGGACAAGUCAGUGCUGCUCAGGCGCAGCAGAACAUGCAGAAUCUACUUAGCCCGCUCCCUGUGCGUUUUCUUGCAGCUGACGUCCCGCCACAGCGUAAGAAAAAGUCGAGCGCCACGCCAGCCACUACACUAAGUAGUCCCGCCGAGGAGUGGAUCUGUCCGUUCUGCGAGUACGACCUAUUCUACGGAGACGCGGCGGCAUACCAGCGCGCAAUCAGCAGCCGCAAGAAGAUUAUGCGGCGAAGAAGGCGGGCACGCGAGCGUGCUGCCACUGCCGCAACUGGAACCAAGGCUGCAGCGGCGAAAAAUACGCCGCCAGCAGAACCCGCGCACGAUGACGUCCUGCCAGAGGAGACGUCGUACGCCGAACUGGUACCUGCGGGGCCGAAAAAGGCCAGGCCGAAAGGCGGGCCACGGGACAGUCGAGGAGGCGAAGGCGGAGGCGGAGGCGAUUGCAUGGUGCAGCCCACACUGGGAUAACUGAUGUGCACAUUGGCUCCUUUCUUUCCAUCACUAAUCUCACUCAUACUUUCUCGUAAAAAUAUAAUCCUCAGGAUCGCAUCAUACUGUGUACCAUUCGGAUGAUUCACAUUGCUUCUGCUCUCAUUCACUUAUUUAUUCCAUGGCGUCACUGGCAUCGCAUUGUGUGCACACACCACUUUCAUCACCG